AUGGGCAGUUUUACCAAAUCUCAAAUUCGACCUGACUACUAUCAAAUACUAGAAAUUUCACCUUCUGCACCACAAGCAGAGAUUAGAAAAGCUUAUAGAAAAUUAGCGUUGAAAUAUCAUCCCGACAAAAAUGCAAAUCAAUGUGCUAUUGUGCCGAACUCUUCUAAUAAACGUAAUACGCUUAACGAACACUUUAUUUCAAUCAAUGAGGCUUAUAAUAUUCUCUCAAAUGAAGAAUCUAGAGCUAAUUAUGAUAUUCAACGCCUCACUGGUAAUUCAACUUUAAAUGACGAGUCCUCUAGUACAUUAGAGUAUAUGCAUAAGCUAUUUCGUGAAAUCAUGUCAUACAAAGAAACUAUUUCAGAGCUUUCUAAUUCAUUUAUGACUCGUUCAGUCGAGCUAGGUUGGGUUGCAGUUAAUACUGAAGAACAGCUUUUUAGCACAUAUGAAAGGGAAAUAUCUUUAAUAGAAUCAAGCAUUCUUGUUGAUCAUGAAGAAUCUUCUACGCCACCUUUUAUUGAUGCUAAUCAAUAUGAUAAUGACAUUUCCGUCAAUUAUCUUCCUGAAGAUGACAUUAUUCAAAUCCUAGAAAAUCCUCAAUGGAUAGUUAUUGAUAAAGAAACUUUAGUUCGCAGCCAUCAACUUUCAGAUUUUAUUGAAUCACAAAAUUUACUUACUAAAUCAAUUUCAGAUAUAAUUUCACCAUUAAUGAUGGCUUGUUCUUACGGCACGUGGAGUUAUGAAAGCAAAGUGGAAACAUUGGUCCGAAUUAAAUCAUUACAGUCAAAGAUUAUACAAUAUUUAGAAUUUAUGAACCAAAAGAUAAAAACAGAUGAACAAGCUUUUGAUUCCAUCAUUAAUAAAGUUAUUAUUAAUCUUUUUUCUAAAUGCUUAUUAUUGUAA